AUGUCGAGUUUUAUUUCUAAACGUUGGAGGGUUUUCGAUCCUCCUGAAAUGCGUCAUUAUCUUGGAAGCAUAUUGCCAAGGUUUUCACAGGGAGAAAUGAGCAUUGUAAAAGAAAGUAUAGAUUUCAUUGCCAUUAACCUUUGUUCAACAUUAUAUGCCAAGGAUUGCAUCCAUUCUGCUUGUAUCCCAGAUUGGGAUCGCCCUAUCCGAGGCUUUACUGCAAAUCCAAGGUUCUUUGUAGUUCCAAGAGGAAUGGAAAAGAUUAUUAACUAUGUUAAGGAAAGAUACAAUAGUAUGCGAAUGAUUGUGACAGAAAAUGCUGAACAUUAUCUUAAUGAAUUGCUUACUUUGAAUUAUAGAAAUGGAGCUGAUGUUCGUGGGUAUUUUGUGCGGAGCAUGAUCGACAACUUCGAAUGGAUCGAUGGUUACAGUGUGCGGUAUGGACUUUACUAUGUUGAUCGCCAAACUCUUAAACGCAUGCCAAAGCUUUCUGCUAAGUGGUAUAAAAAUUUCCUCACAGUUGAUGCUACUAACAAUAGCAAUAGCAGCAAUAUUUUCGAAAGGAAAAAUAUCAUGAGCACUGUAUCACAAGCCUCAAAAGCAGAAAUAUAA